UUUCAGCUUCAUUCUGCAUUUCUGGUAUCUGGGUUUUACUCCAUAUAUCUCAUCCCUCGAUCAAUUUCAUCAUUACAUUACAUGGUCUAAAACCCUCACUCCGACUCUGUUUUUGCUAUGCUGAAACCACAGGGUUUAUCUUCAUCCCCAUGAAGAUUCACGACUCGAACCCAAAACCCGGUCAAACCCAAACCCGAAUUCUGAUCGAGAAUGUCUACGAGAGCCGCGCUGUGCCCGACGACGGCGUGGCCGUGCAGAUGAGCCUCUUGUUCUUCACAGUCCGCCCCACUUUCUGGGCUCGAGCCUCCAAAAUCGCCGCCUCCCAUUUCCACACACUCGCCGGAGCUCGCCCUCGACCCGAAAGAGAGGUACUGCUAAACCCUGAGGCCUGGUUUGUGAAGGUUGUUUACACUCUCUUUCUUCGCUCGCAUUCUUUGGAUUCUUACUUGGGUUAUUUGAGCAAGAACUUGACGCCUUCAUUGGCCUUUGAGGUUAUUAGAAGGUUGAACAACCCCAAUUUGGGGCUCAAGUUCUUUGAGCUCAGUAAGUUCAGUCUGAGUGUUAAUCAUGGUGUGUGGACUUACAAUUUUCUUUUGAGGUCUUUGUGCCAAAUGGGUCUUCAAGAUUCGGCUAAAUUGGUGUUUGAUUACAUGAGGAUUGAUGGGCUUUCGCCCGAUGAAUCAGUUGUUGAGUUUUUGGUUUCAUCAUGUGCUCAAAUGAGUAGGUUGGAUCUUGCAGAGAAGAUUCUUGAUGAGGUUCAUUGCAGUGAGAUUAGGUUGUCGAGCUUUGUGUACAAUAACUUGUUCAAUGUGCUGGUUAAACAGAAUCGAGUAGAUGAGUCUGUUUGCUUGUUUAGAAAGUAUGUGGGGUCGCAUUGUUGUCCGGAUAGUUGGAUGUUUAAUAUUUUGAUUCGAGGUUUAUGCAGAACUGGAGCAAUUGAUAAGGCUUUUGAGUUUUUCAGUGAUAUGGGGAGUUUUGGUUGUUCCCCUGAUGUUGUUACGUAUAACACACUAAUUAGUGGACUAUGUAGAGCUAAUGAGGUAGAUAGAGGGUGUGGUUUACUCAGGGAGGUUCAGUCAAGAAGUGAGCUUUCACCGGAUGUUAUAACUUUUACGUCGGUUAUAUCAGGCUAUUGCAAAUUGGGUAGAAUGGAGGAGGCCUCUGCUAUUUUUGAUGAGAUGAUUGAUUGUGGAGUUAGACCAACUGCAGUUACUUUUAAUGCACUGAUUGAUGGAUUUGGUAAAGCAGGUGACAUGAGUUCUGCAUUUGCUAUGUAUGAGAAUAUGCUCUUCCAUGGUCAUCGUGCGGAUGUGAUUACCUUCACUUCCCUAAUUGAUGGCUAUUGUCGAGCUGGGCACCUGAACCAUGGGUUACAGCUCUGGCAUGAGAUGAAUGCAAAAAAUGUGUCUCCUACUGCAUAUACUUUCUCUGUGCUUAUUAAUGCUUUGUGCAAGGAGAAUAGACUGCGUGAGGCACGUGAUUUACUGAGGGAACUGAAGUGGAGUAAUGUUGUUCCAAAACCUUUUAUAUAUAACCCUGUGGUAGACAGAUUUUGCAAGGCUGGUAAUGUUGAUGAGGCGAAUUUGAUUGUGGCAGAGAUGGAGGAGAAGAGAUGUACCCCUGAUAAAGUGACAUUCACCAUUCUUAUCCUAGGGAAUUCUAUGAAAGGGAGAAUGACCGAGGCAAUUGGAAAUUUUAAUAAGAUGUUGUCCAUCGGUUGUGCCCCAGAUAAAAUCACCGUAGAUUCUUUGAUAUCUUGCCUCUCCAAGGCUGGGAUGCCCAGUGAAGCCCGCCGCAUCAAGAAAAUCGCAUAUGAGGACCUGAAUUUGGGGGCGUCAUCUAUGGGAAGACCUCAUCAUUUGAGAGCAAAUGCAGAAAUUCCAGUGGCUAUUUGAUUGAAUCUCCACCACGUAAUUGUGCUUAGAAUUUUGGUUCCAGUGGUUGGACAUGGCAAGAAGGUCUCACCAUGAUUGUAUGCCCAAUAUUAAAUACAAUGUGCUCAGUUUAGUGGCAAGGAUGAGCCAAAAACGUGUAAGUACUUUGGCCAUGGUCAGUUUUGCUCGACUGUAUAUUUUGUUUGCCAUACAUCCUUUUCAUUAGGCUGGCCAUGCGAGGCAACUAGGACAUGGAGACGCAAAGAUAGAUGGGAGGGAGGCAACUAGGACUUGCUUGAUUGUAUAUUUCAUUUGCCUUGCAGCUUCUGCUAAGUGAUGUAUUUUUCAAUAGGCUGACCCUGCGAGGCAACCAUGGAGAGAGGGAAAGAGAUGGGAGGGAGGGAAAUCCCGUGCUUCAUAAAUUCAAGAAAUCACUUUGCAGCAAAUACUUGUUGUGCGUACAAGUUCCUAUAAUUGCUACAUCAUCAAGUUCAUGGCACAAGUGAUUACCUUGUUUCUUUUGUUUUUGUUUCCCAACGAUUCUUCUAAAUCAUGAAGAUCAUUGCCUCAAUUGGAUUCUUUACUGCAUUAUCAAAAGGCUGUUGUCGUAUGAAUUCCAUUGAUGCCAAUAAUUUCAUGCCUGAAAUUAUAUACAUAAACCAUUUAGUUACAGCCUCU